AGUCGGCAAUCGACGAUAAUUACCGGUGGUUCUAUCACAUCACGCGCAGCAGCAGCAGCACGAAGAAGAAGAAGAAGAGGCAGUAGCAGUAGCAGAGAAACUCGCUCGUUUUCGGAUCUAUAUAUAUAUAUAUACGCAUAUAUAUAUGUACUACGAAUUUUCGUUUGCCUUUAAUUUGUUUGUGUUUUUUCCGUGUUCUCCUCCGCAUGUGCAUGCAAUUACGUGCGCCGCGGCAAAAGACUAUAAUUAUAAAACUAAAGUGAAAAGCGUGCCAUAAUUACACGAGCGAAUAUCAAUAAGUGCGAAUAAGAGCGAAGAGCAAUGUGCGAAAAUUGCUAACGAAGUAGUAGCCGAAAAAAAAACAUAAUCGCAGAUUCCAAAAAGAAAAAACCUUAAAAUCCAACGAAAGAAAAGCUACCGUUUUUCAAAAUGAUCGAUGCGGCCUGCAAUUACCUGAAUCUCAAUCUGAAUCCGAAUCCCUAUGUGCAACAGCAGCAGCAGGCGGCGCAACAGCAGGCGGCGCAACAGCAGCAGCAUCAUCUUCACAUGCAGCAGGCGCAGCAGCAACUGCACUUGUCGCAACAGCAGCACCAACAGCACAUGCAACACUUGCCGCAGCAGCAACAAAUGCAACAGCAGCAAAUGCAACAGCAACAGCAACCGCAACAGCAGCCACAUGACUUCCUGCUGUCCGCCCCCUCGUCCCUCUCCGGCUCAAGUUCCGGCUCCAGUUCCGGUGGCUCUCCCAUCUACAACAGCAGCGGCAGCGGCAGCAGCAAGGCGCCCAUGAAGCUGGAGCUGCCCUAUCCGCAGGCCUCCUCCACCGGCACCGCCUCACCCAAUUCCAGCAUCCAGUCGGCCCCCUCCUCCGCCUCCGUUUCGCCCAGCAUCUUCCCCUCGCCCGCCCAGUCGUUCGCCUCCAUUUCGGCCAGUCCCUCGACGCCCUCGACCGCCGCCACCCACUUGGCGCCACCCACAGCGGCAACAUCCUCGUCGCCGUCUUCCUCCUCCUCCUCCUCGUCGUCAGCCGCCUCGGCAUCGGCGGCAGCGGCGGCGGCAGCAGCGGCAGCCGCAGCAGCGGACCUCGGGGCAGCGGCGGUCGCCAGUGCCGCCUACGGCUGGAAUACCGCCUACUCCGGAUUGGGACCUCCAAGAAGCCAGUUCCCGUAUGCCCAGUACGCCUCCGAUUACUACGGCAAUGCGGUGGGCGCCAUGUCCUCCUCGGCCGCCUGGUUCUCCCAUCAGGAGCGUCUCUAUCAGCCCUGGAGCUCCCAGAGCUAUCCGGGCUUCAACUUCGACGACAUCGCCUUCCAGACGCAGCUGCAGCGGCGCUCCGUUCGCUGCACGUGCCCCAAUUGCACGAACGAGAUGAGCGGACUGCCGCCGAUUGUGGGUCCCGAUGAGCGCGGUCGCAAGCAGCACAUCUGUCACAUUCCCGGCUGCGAGAGGCUGUACGGCAAGGCCUCCCAUUUGAAGACCCACCUGCGCUGGCACACGGGCGAGCGGCCCUUCCUGUGCCUCACCUGCGGCAAGCGAUUCUCGCGAUCCGACGAACUGCAGCGGCACGGCAGGACGCACACCAACUACCGGCCCUACGCCUGCCCCAUUUGCUCCAAGAAGUUCUCGCGCAGCGAUCAUUUGAGCAAGCACAAGAAGACCCAUUUCAAGGACAAGAAGAGCAAGAAGGCUCUGGCCGCCGAGGCCAAGGAGCAGGCGGCGGCGGCGAUAAAGCAGGAGAAGAAGGAGAAGAAGGCGGGGAAGCAGCCUUUGGUGACUCCAGUGGAGUUCAAGCAGGAGCAGCCGGAGGUUGCAGCGCCGCUGGUCAACUAUGCGCCGUAUGCGAAUCUCUACCAGCAAUCGAGUGGCGGCUCCGCCAAUGCACUGCCACCACCGCCGCCGCUCUUCCAGCAGCAUCAUCAUCAGCAGCAGAUGGCUUCCUCCUCCUCCUCCGCCGCCGCAGGCUAUGUGGAGCAGCAGCCCUGGAGCAGCCGUGCCAUACAGCAACCAGCAGCAGCAGUCGUCACUACCUCAGCGAACUCAACCACAUCCACAGCCUCCAGUGCGGCCAGUUCACCAGCGACGGCGGCGGCAGCGGCGGUGGCGGCAUCCUCGCCAGCCGCCUCGGCGACGGCACUGGCCGCCCAGCAUCACUAUGCCGCUCUGGCCAUGCAGAGUGAAUCCCAGCUGGCCGCCGAAUAUGGGCUGACCAUGAGCGGACUGGCCAGCGGAGCGAGCCAGGACUCAAGCUCCAGUUGUCACAUGAAGUCCGAGUAUGCGGCCAGUUAUCCAGCUGAAUUCGGAGCGGGCACCGCCAGCUACGGCUAUCCGCAUCCGCAUCCGCAUCAUCACAAUGCCUGGGCAGCGGCCUAUCAUCCGCAUGCCACGGCCUAGGAUUCAAAGGAUUCCUCAUCCCCCAAGAUUGUUACAGUUUAAAGUUGAAAGAACAAAACGAAAUGCCAUAAAGUCCCGAAAGAAGGCAAAGAAAGCAAGCGUAGAACGAACCUCUAGUGUGUGUGUUUUUUUUCAGUGUUUAUUGUUGAUAUAUAUAAAAAUAGAUGUGAAAAUCGAAGAAAA